GUCCAAUUUCUUGAGCUGCCAGUGCAUUUCUACCACAAAGAAGUUUUAUUUGCAAUUGGAAACUUAAUUGGUCGCACAGUGAAGUUGGAUUACCACACGGAAACGCUUCAACUAGGGAAAUUUGCCAGGAUUGAUAUUAAGUUAGAUCCGACAAAACCUCUUCCGACAAAGGUUUACCUUGACGGCAUUCGACAGCAGGUUCUAUACGAAAAUCUCCCUCAGAUUUGCUAUGAGUGUGGCAGAAUUGGACACCUCAAAGAACAUUGCCCGAAUCGGUCACCAUCCCAGGAGCUAGCUCUGGUUUUAGUUCCCGACAACGCAUCGCCGAGCUUGCCAGCGAAUCAAUCAUCGGAAACCCCUCCGGCUACGGUCCGUGGAUGCAAGUCACUCGAAAGUCAUGGAAGCCGAAUAAACCCAAAUCGGGUAACUACUCGAACUUUCCUCAUCAUUUGGUACUGA